ACGAUUUUGUGAGUCUGUGGAGCAUGGCGGUCGGUGCUCUGCAAACAUAUCAUCCCAGACGUACUCUCUAUCUUCUUGCUUUGGUUGUGCCAUAGGUUACCACCCCGUCUUGUCGUAGUUAUAAUUGACCGCCUCUUGCGCAACAAAGUUUCUCAAGACAACAUGGAAGAAGCGUCACCUACUUCUCGCCCUUCUAAAGCUGCACGCAUUGGAACGCGUCGCGGAGCCUCCGCGAUGCUUGCGGAUCAGAUUUCGGAGACAUCUCGACCUUUUAGGCCUACCAUACGGGGUCCCACAGCUUGUGAAGUAUGCAGGAAUAGAAAGACUAAGUGUGAUAACCUAAGACCAACAUGCAGUUAUUGUUCCAGGGUCGGUGCCACUUGUUCUUAUCUUAACGAUGACGAGGCGGCCAUUUUACAUAUCAACGGCGUGCCUCAACUGCUUCAGGUAGUUGAGCAUAUUAAAGAUCUUUUCCAGCACCAGCAGGUGCAACAAUGCCAUCAGCAAAACUUGUUACCUUCACCAGGCGCCUACGAGGAUAUUCAACAGAAUUAUAGGCCUACCUGUCGUCAUAACUAUUAUAAAACUACCAAAUCUGAUGAACGCCUGCCUGAGAGAGAUACGAAUCGCCUUCUACAAAAUAUUUUCCCCACAAACCUUCGUUCAGUGCUGAAGUGGAGAGUCUUUCCACAACCAUGCCCACACUCGAUAGCCAUGGUCGAUGACGAUAUUAGUUACCCACAACAAAGUUCGCUGCCUAGUUUAGAAUUAUGCGAAUUAUCGAGGCUAGAAGCAAAAUACAUUGCUUGUGUCCAUGCCAAAAAUCCGAUUCUCGACCUAGUAACUCUGCAUGACUUGAUCUCCCAGGUAGCUGAGCAUGGUCUCGACUGGUCGGCGCGGACGUGUUUGGUCUCCAUGGUCUGCGCCCUAGGAGCCAUUUCGGAAGAGUAUACCCAUGCAUACACACCAGACAGGAUUUCGGGGUCCUGUUUGCCACAUGAUGAGGCAUUCAAAUACUGGGAUAUUGCAAUGAAGCGACUUGGAUUCGUCAUUGGACAGAAUAACAUAGAAUCUGUACAAUGCUUAUGUCUAACGGGAAUUUGGUACAUGUGUAACAUGCAACCUUUGCAAGGAUGGAAGUACUUCGCUCUUGCGAGUAAUACUUGGUACUCUAUGACUAACUCAAGACUUGCUUUUAUGGCAACUGACAAUGAGUAUGGACAAGAACAGUCGUUGACCCGUGAGCAAAGUCUAUACUUCACGUGUUUCAAAUCAGAGUGUGAGCUUACAAUCGAAUUGUCAUUGCCAAAGUCUAUUCUCGAAAGGAUGGAUUACCCAUACACAUUCCCCUUCCCACCAAACAUUGACCGCGAACUGGUUGUAGGUGAGGACAUCCAUGGUGAGAGAAGGACUUGGUACUAUUACCUUGCGGAGAUUGCCUGUCGACAUCUUAUAAAUCGAAUUAUAGAGGCAACUCAGUUGAAAAUACUCGACCCUUCAGCAGCUGGGAUUGAGAGGAUGCUUAGAGACCUCGAGAUGUUCGAAACUCAGGUUAAUGAUUGGUACUUAUCCCUGCCACCGAGCAUCAAGUUUCCACAUCCAUUCGGCACCAUACAGCCAUUGGAAGACGAGAUCAACCAGCUUCUCCGAGCUCGCUACCUCGGCAUCCGUGAACUGUGCUGCCGACCAUUCGUUGAGCUCGUAAUAAAUAACGACUUGAGUAAUAUGCCAUCUGAGCUUCUCGCCAAGGUCGGCGGUAUUGCAUCUCAAGGCUUACAGUACUGCAUGUUCCGUCUUCAGGCAGUACCGCCACAGUACCGCCAUCAUGGUCUUUGGUUCCAGCUGCCAAAUUCGACGACGUGCGCCCUAAUUUUGCUGGCUGCGGAUAGAGCGCGGCAUGAGCUGCAACCCAACGCGAUCGAACACAUCAAGAUGCCACAGGGGUGGCGCGAGCAAAUCUUGACCACGCAUGACCUUUUGGCAGGGUAUUGGAAAUCUCGACAAGGCAGCGUUUGGGCAUACUUCCAGGUCUUCCAGUGGGCUUUAGAUGGCUGUAUCACAUCGUUGUGAACAACAGAAAGUCGGAAAGAUUUUCCGCUCCUGUCCUGCUUUAUGUGGAGAUUGCGGGUCUACGAGCAGCUAAUGAUAGCUAAAUGAAUCUAAAAAAUUGACGACGAUAUCGAUGCUAAGGGAGAGUGCACUUAAAUUUUAUUUCUGGCGAGGAGCAAAACCGGCUGCUAUAUUGGCAUUCGAUAUGUAGAAUAAAUAAGUAGGUGGAUUUGACCUCAUUCACCAACCUCUCUAUCAUCAUUCCAAUGCA